AUGGGAGGCAUCAGAGGGCCCGCGCAGCUGCUGCUGCUGCUGCUCGUGGGUCUGACUUGGGCCAAACCGACCGAGGACCUCAGGCUGAGUCAGGCAGAGGCAUUGGCAUUCGCCAUCGACAGCUACAACACCCAGUCCGAUGAGGAAGUCAGCGCCUUCCAGAUCCUGGAAGCCGAGCCCCAGCCAGACUGGGACCCAGCAUUAGAGACACCACAGCCCCUGAAUUUUAUCAUCAAAGAGACGAAUUGCAAGAAGGCACAGAAGCUCCCCCCUGAGCAGUGUCCCUUCAAGGAUGAUGGGAAAAUACAGAAAUGUGUGGGGCUUCUCAAGGCUGAUGCGGAUGAUCUCAGCGUGGAGCUCACCUGUAAACCCCAUACGUCUGAAGGGCCGGUACGAGUGCCCAGAGGCCUGAGAAAAACACUCAAGAAGAUAGGGAAGAAGAUAAAAGAUACUGUGAAGAAGCUGCUUCCAAAGAAACCCAUCAUGAUCGGGUAUAGCAAACGUUUCUGAGACGGCGCCGAGUGCCUGGACCCAGCUCUCCUGACUCUGCUUCAGUUCCCCAUCUUGGUCCCUUGCUGAGCCAGCGCCUGUCUUGACUCAGACCAAUAAAAUCUCAGCUCAGCCCA